UAAGAAGGAAGGAAGAAGGAAUGAAUAUGAGAUGCAUAAGCUCUUGGCACUGAACCAGAGGCAAAAGAUGGUGUUGCAGCGGAAAACUGAAGAAGCUACUAUGGCCACUAAACGACUUAAGGAGUUGUUAGAGUCUCGCAAAACAUCACGUGAUAAUGCGGGCUCUGGAAGUACUAGUGCUGCAGGAUUUCAGGCAUUGAUGCAAGCAAUUGAACAUGAACUUGAAGUUACUGUCCGAGUGCAUGAAGUGCGGUCAGAAUAUGAGCGCCAGAUGCAGGAGAGAGCAAAAAUGGCCAAUGAGGUUGCUGAGUUGAAGCUGAAAACCUUGAGUGAUUUCCCCCAGAAAAUGUCUCCGGGUGCAAGAAAUUCCAGGAUAUUUGCACUUGAAAACAUGCUUGCCACUUCAUCUAGCACACUUGUCUCCAUGGCAUCACAGUUAUCGGAAGCAGAAGAGCGUGAACGUGCCUUUAGUGGUAGGGGCAGAUGGAACCAAGUCCGAUCUCUUGCUGAUGCAAAAAAUAUUAUGAACUUUUUAUUGAACCUUGCAUCAUCUUCUAGAUGCCAGCUAAGGGAUAGGGAAGUUGAAUGCAGAGAAAAGGAUGCUGAAAUCAGGGAGUUGAAGGAAAAACUCGUAAAUUUUGUCAGACAGAUAGAGUUGCAAAAGAGUGAAUUGAGACAGCUAGAGUCGCAAAACAGUGAACUGAUUCAGCAGGAGAAGUUGAUGAAAUUGGCUUUAGAACACCCCAUUGAAAGGACAAACAACUCUGGCUCUAAUGAGAUAAGAAGCAGCACUGACGGGCAUGAUUAUGACCUGAGGCAAAAGGGGAACCGGAGUUCCUUGAUCUACGGUGGUAGAUUGAACAAGCUUGAGCUAGAAGAAGAUAUGGAUAUAUCUGAUUCAGAUCAUUCUGACACUGAUUAUGGUUCUUCAGGAUGUUCGUGCGGUAAAAGGUCUUCAUGCCUGACAAGUAAAUGUUUAUGCCGGUUCACGAAUGGCUCUUGUGGGCCAUCAUGUGGUUGUAACCCUAAAAAGUGCAGUAACAGAGAGAGUUCUACCAAGAACCAGUUGCCCUCAUUAGAUGUCGUAGGUGAUGAGGUAAACGCAUUGGGAACUGAUGAAGCUGAGAGUAGUCAAACACUAGUUUCUCAAGGCGCAAUGUUACUUCAAAAUGCGCUUUCUGAAAAGCCCAUACAGUCAAAGGAUGAGGGUGAAACUAAAAGAAAGCCUCUUUCUGACAUUGGAAAUACCAGGGCGAAAUCAAAUGCACCAAAACCUAAUCAACGGAAGCAAUGGCGGAAAUCAACGAUUCAACUUGUUCCUACUACCCCAACGACUCAAGCAAGUAAUGCAGAAGCCCCAACAAAAACAUCUCAAUCAGUCAAUGCUGAUGCAUCAGUAAAAACAGAAAACAAGGUUGGUGAGAUUGAUACUCCUGCAUUAAAAUUACCCAGAGCGAUGCGUUCUGCAUCAACAAAUGGGAACAACACCUUAAGAGAAAGGAACUCCGAGACUUAUGAUUCAGUUGUUGACUUGGCAAUACCUCCAGCUCCUAAGAGUCCUCUACGGAAGACGAAGGUAAAGGAGGAGAAAGAAAAUUGAGGAGCAUGAUUUCCAUUUGUUUGAUCCCAAAUUGUAUGUAUAGAGGUUUGGUCUUGGCUGUUCUGCCACUUGAUUUUUGUAUGGCUAAUCUUUUCCUAACCUUAAAAAGAGGUGCCUCAUUUGAUCAUAGAUCCUGAAAGUAUUAGGAUACUAUCGAGUCUGGAGGCUCUAAUCUGAAGAGCAUCUCUGUUGUAAUUCUUCAAACCUUUUCCAAUAUUUAGUGAAAUUGAUUGUUUUUCAGUG